AGUCGAUGUACUUUUGGAACGAGGUUCGAAGUACACCGUGUSUAUAAAACCACGCAUUGUGCAACUUGCCGCUCCCACAAGCAAGCAAUGAACAUGCCGCUCAAACAGUGGCUGCUUGCUGGUGCUUUCCUCGCGAGCUUUUGCAGUAUUUCAGCGACAUAUUGUAUCACCAGUGGCUAUUCGUCUAACUGCGGUUUAAACAACAUGUGUUGUAAUAACCAAUGUGUUUAUGGCCGCGCGUCGUGUACUGGUCGUUACUGUUCGGUCGACUCUGAUUGUUCUGCAGGGGAAUCGUGUUGCAGCAACACUUGUAGGGGUGGCUAUGAUUGUUAUGGACAAUCUUGUACACACAGCUCCGAUUGUUCUGMUUUAGAGGAUUGUUGUUCAGGUUACUGCGAAUAUAACUGUUUCGAUCACUAUCCAAUAAGCUCAAGCGGUCAAAUCAUUGGAGUAAUCCUUGGAUCGAUCUUUGGUUCCAUAUUCUUGGUUUCGAUGAUAGUUGCCAUCGUAAUUUGUUUCCAAAACAGAAGAAGGGCCAAUACGGGAUAUGUGGUCAGAAACCUUAGACAAAUAUUAAACACAACAACUUUACGUCCGCCAUUACAAGGACAGCAACACCAUCAUCAGCCACCCCCUCAGUACGGAGCUAUACCACCUCCACCCUAUGAAGAGCGUGCCGCCGAUGGCAUGGUUGGUAACUAGAAACCUGAAUUUAAGGCAACUUCCUUACAUUGAGUUGCUGUUGAAUUGAAUUGAGUUACUCAGUUAACGGAUUUUCUGUGGGUCUUAAAAAAUGGGAGAUUUAUAUGCCGUGGCAUGCAGUCUUUAGAGAUAUUUCUAGUCGAUUCAAGUUGCUGUUUCAUGCAAAAGCUUUAAUAUAUAACCGAAAUGAUAUAAGAAAAACUCGUUUUCACAACUGCUUCACGAUGUACACUAGCUAAUACAUAGAAGUGAACGUGUACGGUUAUGCAGAAUGCGGAAAAUUCAGUAAAUGACAGUAAAAGUGGAAA